AUGGACAUUAUACUGUCCACGCUGCCAAGGGAAGUCGGCUAUAGGCUGGAAAAUGAGCAAGUCUCGGCUCUGGCCUACGCUGACUACCUGGUUCUGCUUGCGGGAUCGGUGGUGGGAAUGCAGUCGUCCAUCGAUAGUAUGGUCGAGAGCGGGAGAACGAUGGGACUCUAUGUGAGCCAUGCCAAGAGCGCAGUUUUAUUGAUGGUGCCGGACGGGAAGCGCAAGAAGCUUUAUUACCUCGGUGGCAGAACCUUUAGGUUCGGACGUCGCUGGGUAAGACAAGUGUAUUGUGUUGAACGUUGGCGCUAUCUAGGAGUUGACUUUCAGGCGUCUGGAUGUGUCACGUUGGAGCACGAGAUCAAAAGAGCCCUAAACAAUAUCUCGAGGGCUCCCCUGAAGCCGCAACAGCGGGUGGAAAUAGUAAGGGUGCACCUGAUUCCGAGGUUCCUGCACGGUUUCGUGUUGGGAACGAUAACGGAUGACAGGUUAAGGAUGCUCGACGUGCAGAUCCGGAGUGUGGUCCGUCAAUGGCUCAGGCUCCCAAAGGAUGUAUCCACUGGGUUUUUCCACGCGGCGACCAAGGACGGAGGCUUAGCGGUCCCAUCGCUGAGGUCAUGUGUGCCGGAUCUCGUUGUUAAGAGAUUCGGUCGCAUGGAGUGGUCUCGGGAUGGUCAGUGGCGAGAGCAGCCGCCAGAUCUGACAAGGUCCGCAGGAAGCUGCAGUGGGCAAAUAAGCGUUUGCUUAAGCUGA